UGCGGGCGGCCGGGCGCGCCAGGAGAGGGCGCGGAGCCGGCGGCUCGGGGACGCGGACCCAGAUGAAAAGAAGUAAAGAAGUGAUAACUAAAAAUUAUAAUCAAGAAGAAAUAAAUAUUCUUCAGUGUUGGAAAUGUAGAAAAUGUAUAGCAAGUUCUGGUUGUUUCAUGAAGUAUCUUGACAAUCGGGUGAUUAAGGAUGGACAUGAUUCAGCCAGUGAUCAAAAUACUUGUCAUGUGUGGCACAUGAAUAUAGAAGCCCUUCCAGAAUGGAUAAACUGCCUAAUACAAAAAGCCCAGUGGACAGUUGGAAAACUGAAUUGCCCUUUUUGUGGGGCCCGUUUAGGGGGCUUUAACUUUGUCAGCACUCCAAAAUGUUCCUGUGGCCUGCGUACAGCUGUACAUCUCUCCAAGAGCCGGACCGAUUAUCAGCCAGCACAGGCAGGCCAACGAAUGAGACCAUCGCUGAAAUACUUGUCACAUCCUAGAGUUCAGUCUGGUUGUGACUCGGAAACUCAGCUGACAGGUGGCGCCUUCAAAAACAGAAAUCACAGGCUUUUAAUCAUGGCUCAAAAUAAUAAUGGCUCUGGAAGAUUAACAGAAGCACUCUGCCUGGAGGUGCGGUCUACAUAUUUUCAGCUGAAGAAGGAAAAAUUGCUCUUCAAAGCAUCCAAUCCCAAAUACCAGCUUUUUGUUCCCCAGCUUUUGCCUGGCAGAUGCACCAGAAGAGCUUUUCAUAGAAAAUCGCAUAGCUUGGAUCUGAACAUCAGCGAGAAACGAACUUUAUUACCCACUUUAUAUGAAACACAUAGUAAGACUACUGCCCAUUCCAGGCAAAAUGAAACACAGCCUGUUGACCUUCCGGACUUGCCUUUAGAAUCUGCUAAAAAUAGCUGCUCCCUUCAGAUUUCAUCAAGGUUUGAUCCUAAUAUGCUGCUGCAAAGAUUUUCUGUGGUUCCCCUUGAGUCCCAGACACAAAGAGGAGAAUUUCAGUGUGGUCUAGAAGCUUCUGCAGUGUACUCUGACCAUGCCAGCUCUAACAGUCUGACUUUCCUGAUGGACCUGCCCUCAGCUGGCAGGAGCACACUGGAGGCCUCGGAGCAGGAAGAGCACCGCUCUCCUCUGGACUUCCUGCGCUCGGGCAGUUUUUCAUUGGGCGCCAUUAAUCAGAGGCUCAGUAAAAGAGAAAGGAGCAAGUUGAAGAAUCUGAGAAGGAAACAACGAAGGCAUGAAAGAUGGCUGCAGAAGCAGGGUAAAUACUCAGGAGUGGGACUACUGAAUCGUAUGACUUUGACUAAUGAUAUGAGUACAGAUGAUGAAAAUGAAUAUGUAGAAGAAAAGGAAAGCUAUAUUUGUGCAGUGUGUCUGGAUGUUUAUUUCAACCCGUACAUGUGCUACCCUUGCCACCACAUCUUCUGUGAGCCCUGCUUACGGACUCUUGCCAAAGACAACCCUGCAAGCACUCCCUGCCCACUGUGUCGGACAAUUAUUUCCAGAGUCUUUUUCCAGACAGAAUUGAACAAUGCCACAAAAACAUUCUUCACUAAAGAAUAUUUGAAAAUAAAACAAAGCUUUCAGAAAUCCAGCUCUGCAAAAUGGCCUCUACCAAGCUGCAAAAAAAAAGCAUUCCGUCUUUUUGGAGGUUUCCACAGACAUGCAGCUCCAGUUACAAGGAGGCAGUUCCCGCAUGGUGCACACAGGAUGGACUACCUGCACUUUGAGGAUGAUAGCCGUGGUUGGUGGUUUGACAUGGAUAUGGUCAUCAUCUAUAUUUAUUCAGUGAACUGGGUCAUUGGGUUCAUUGUUUUCUGCUUUCUUUGCUAUUUUUUCUUUCCGUUUUAGGAAUUUUCACACCUUACUACAGUUGAACAAUCACAAAUGAUGUAGAGAGCAAUUACUUAAACAUUUUUAAGUGUGCUUUGAAAUUUUUAUAAUAUCGUGUUAUAUAAAAUGUGGGUGUUUAUAGAAAGUCUGAAUAUAAGUAACUUAUUAAUGUUUUUCAUGUAACAAACUGAACUUAAUGUAUCUAUCUAGCUCUUAGCAACAAUGCACUAUUCAUUUCAUAGUUCUUCAUUUAGGAUUUGUGGAGUCUAAUUUUACAAUGUCUCUUUUAUACUUAUCUUUAUUGUAAAGACUGAGGUUUUCCUCCACUUAAAAAUAGUAAAGAGGCAAGAUGAAAUGAUAAUAUGGGUAGAUACCAGAAAAUAUUUUGUCACCACUUAUUCUCAGGCACAUUAUAUGCACUGAAGAUAAACCAUAUUCUCUGGAACUAACCUAACAGGGUAUAUUCCGUUUGGGUCUCUAGCCGUCCCUAAUGUCCCUUUCUAUUACCGAGAAAGCUGGCUGCCCCUUUUUUUACAGACCUUAUAGUAGCUUUAGUGCAACAUUUUUCAUUAUUACAAGAAUAGAAUAGUAAAUAUUUAAAAAAGAGACUGAC